AUGUCUGGACAUCCCCCUGUGGUGGACGCUGCGGAAUUGCGCCGCUGUGCGACGGCGAUUGCGGCCCAAUACCGACGAGCCCCGCAACAUCGUCUCAUCAUCGGCGUCGCCGGCCGGCCGGGCAGCGGGAAGACAACAGUCGCGCGAAUUAUCGCCGCGGAGGUGCGAUCCAUUUUAAAGAACAGCCCCAACAGCAUGGAUGCGGCCGUGGUGGUGAUGCCAAUGGACGGCUAUCAUCUCUACCGCAAAGUUCUGCACGCGCUGCCGAACAGCGAAGAGGCGGUGCGCCGUCGCGGGGCCGAGUGGACGUUUGAUCCCCGCAAGUUGUGUCACGAUCUGCAGGCGAUUCGACUUCCCUCCGCCGCCUCCGUGGCCGCCGCCGCGCAGCAGGGCGACAGACACAACGACUACGAUAACAACAGCAAUAACCGAAAAACGCCCUUCUAUGAUGAUGUCUACGUGCCCUCCUUUGACCACGGGGUGGGGGACCCGGUGGAGCGGGACAUCUGCAUCCCCGCGACGGCGAACAUCAUCAUUGUGGAGGGGAAUUAUCUUCUCUACCGCGGCACCCCCGCGUGGGCGGAGGUGAAUCGCUGCUUUGACAUCACCAUCUUCCUCGCGUGCCCGGCGGAGAUCUGCACGCGGCGGUUGUGUCGGCGGCACAUGGCGGCGUGGGGGAUCAGCGAGGCGGAGGCGAUGAAGCGCGCGGCCGGCAGCGACACGACGAACGGAAAUCUCGUCGACACCACGCAGCCGAACGCCGACAUCGUCCUCCACUCCGUCGAGUGCCCCGCAGUGAGUAAGAUGUAA